GCGGCCCGGGGCCUGCUCGUGUGGCGGGCCCGGGGGCCGGCGACCGAGCCGGCGGGCGAGGAGCGCGCUUGCCGGGUGCGGCGCAAGCUCGUGCUGCGGACCACCGGGCUGCGGGAGCGGUGCGCGCAGGGGCGCGAGUGGCUGCAGGUCGACCCCGUCUGGGCCCCGGGUCGGGCGGAGCCCCUGACUGGGCCGAGCUGGGUGUUGCUCGCUGGGGACGACGCCGGCGCCGAGGGCCCCCUGCUGGUGGCCAAGGGCUACCUCGCGAAGCCCAGGAAGCAGCGCCGGUAG